AUGGCGCGGCGCAAGCACCGGCAUUCGGUCGCGCGAUUUGUCGACCGCGUGCGCAUUUUCGCGGCGGGUGGACACGGCGGCAACGGGUGCGCCAGCUUCUUCCGUGACACCCGCGUCGAGCGCGGGCCGCCCGACGGCGGCAGUGGCGGCGGCGGUGGCAGUGUGUUUGUGCGCGCCAGCGGCGGCGUGGGUGACCUGUCUCUUGGGCGGCACUCCUUCCGCGCCGGGCCAGGGGCGCAUGGCUCGAGCAGUCAGAUGAACGGCAGGCGUGGCGCCGACGUGUACAUCGAGGUGCCGUGCGGCACAGCCGUCGAGCGUCUCGGCAGGACGGUCACGUUGCUGGCGAACCUGAUCUACGAGGGCGACGAAGUGGUGAUCGCCGCUGGAGGCGCCGGCGGCCGUGGCAACGUGACGCUUCGGUCGGGCCGGCUGCAGAGCUCGAGGCUCGCCGAGGAUGGCUUGCCGGGUGAGCAGACGACGCUUGCGCUCACGCUCAAGACGGUAGCGGACGUCGGCCUAGUUGGCUUCCCGAACGCGGGUAAGUCGUCGCUGCUCGCGGCAAUCUCUCGCGCCACGCCGCAAGUCGCCGAGUACCCGUUCACCACGCUGCACCCGCAGCUCGGCUCGGUGACCGCGCCUGCGUCGCCGUGGGCGGAGUUUAGCGUAGCAGACAUCCCCGGCCUGGUCGAGGGUGCGUUCGAGAACCGAGGGCUCGGCCACUCCUUUCUCUCACACAUCGAGCGCACCUCCCUGCUCUGCUACGUCCUCGACCUCGCCUGCGCCGAG